CAUCAGACCCGGUCCCAUCAGAACCAGAUCGGGCCCAGUCGAGCCCAGUCAGCUCCAUCAGAACCGGUCCCAUCAGAACCAGAUCGGGCCCAGUCGAGCCCAGUCAGCUCCAUCAGAACCGGUCCCAUCAGAACCAGAUCGGGCCCAGUCAGCUCCAUCAGAACCGGUCCCAUCAGAACCUCUCCCUCUCUCCAGGGGAACUCCGGACUGGGCUUCAGCAUCGCGGGCGGAACCGACAACCCGCACAUCGGAGACGACCCGUCCAUCUUCAUCACCAAGAUCAUCGCAGGAGGAGCCGCCGCCCAGGACGGACGCCUCAGGGUGAACGACAGCAUCGUGUUCGUGAACGACGUGGACGUCCGGGAAGUCUCUCACUCAUUGGCUGUGGAGGCGCUGAAGGAGGCGGGGCCUGUGGUCCGACUCUACGUGCUGCGGCGCCGACCGCCCWGCGAGCGCAUCGCACAGGUCAAGCUGCUGAAGGGACCCAAAGGUGAGCAGAACCGGUGGUACCAGCAGAACCGGUGGUACCAGCAGAACCGGUGGUACCAGCAGAACCNGUGGUACCAGCAGAACCGGUGGUACCAGCAGAACCGUCUACAGAUUCCACAUCCCGUCAUCAUCCUGGGUCCGACCAAAGACCGGGUCAACGACGACCUGCUGUCYGAGUAUCCAGACAAGUUCGGCUCCUGCGUCCCCCACACCACCCGUCCCCGCAGGGACUACGAGAUGGACGGGCGGGACUACCACUUUGUGUCGUCACGGGAACAGAUGGAGCGGGACAUCCAGUCGCACCGCUUCAUCGAGGCGGGGCAGUACAACACCCACCUGUACGGGACGUCGGUGCAGAGCGUCAGGCAGGUGGCCGAGCAGGGGAAGCACUGCAUCCUGGAUGUUUCGGCCAACGCUGUGAGGCGUCUGCAGGCGGCUCACCUCCAUCCCAUCGCCAUCUUCAUCCGCCCGCGCUCCCUGGAGAACAUCCUGUAAGGAACAUGUUACCUGAGCUUUACCUGAGCUG